AGAGUCAUAAUUAAUCUCUACAAAAUGAAGGACAUGUCUCUCCGGAAACGCUACGUUCCUUUCCCUAAUAACCGCAAAUUAGUCCCAAAACGUUGCACCAUUUUCAUUAUCAAGAGCUUUCUAAUUGCCAUCUGCUUAGUGGCUUCCAUUUAUCUAAUCUCCAAUGUUCAUCUCUUCAACAAAUAUGCUAGUAGUGCUGCUGGGGUUACAAACAAACUAGCAGUAGAAAAUAUCAGCAAAGAAGAAGAAAAAACGAACAUAUCCCACAUUCUGUUUGGCAUUGGAGGGUCAUCUAAAACAUGGAACAAUCGCUCGCGUUACUCUGAGCUCUGGUGGAGACCAAAUGUAACGCGAGGGUUCGUAUGGCUCGAUGAAAAUCCCCAAGAAAACGAGCCAUGGCCGGAGACAUUCCCACCGUAUAGGGUUUCCGAAGACACUUCCACAUUCAAAUAUACAUGUUGGUUUGGUGACAGGUCAGCUGUGAGGAUUGCGAGGAUUUUAAAAGAGAGUUUUGAAAUAGGUUUAAGCAAUGUGAGGUGGUUCGUAAUGGGAGAUGAUGAUACUGUGUUUUUUACAGAGAAUUUAGUGACAGUUUUGGCUAAAUAUGAUCACAACCAAAUGUAUUACAUUGGUGGGAUUUCCGAAAGCGUGGAGAUAAACGUAUUAAGUUCAUACAGUCAGGCAUUCGGUGGUGGCGGCAUUGCUAUUAGCUAUCCUCUCGCGGAGGAGCUAGUGAAGAUUUUAGAUGGUUGCAUUAAUCGCUACCAUUACCUGUACGCUUCUGAUCAGAAGAUUGCUAGUUGUGUGACUGAGAUUGGUGUUUCUCUCACGAAAGAACCCGGUUUUCAUCAGAUGGAUAUACAAGGAAGUCCAGGAGGGCUUUUGGCAGCACAUCCUGUGGCGCCACUGGUCUCACUGCACCAUUUGGAUGUGUACUUAUUACAUCCUCUGAUUCCAUCAAUGAGUCGACUUGAGUCAGUGAAGAAGGUAAUUGAGGCUUACAAUAAGGAUCCAAGUCGGACGAUGCAACAUAGUUUGUGCUAUGACCUAAAGAGAAACUGGUCAUUAUCAGUGUCGUGGGGAUACUCUGUUCAAUUAUAUCCAUGGCUGAUGAAUGCGAGAGAAUUGGAGAUGCCAAUGCAAACGUUUAAGACGUGGAAAGGGUCUAAAGGACCAUUCACAUUCAGUACACAGCCAAACAAUGUAGAACCAUGCAAAAGACCUAUAGAGUACUACUUGGAUCAAGUUGUUGACCUUCAAAAUGAUGAAACCUUGACCAGUUAUAGUACCAUUGCUGGUAUUAACAAGCAAUGCGAGAACCAAAAUUACAAACCAGCAUUAGCAGUCCAUAUGGUUAAUGUCACAACUACUAUUCUACCUCCCAAAGUUUGGAGUCAGGCACCACGACGACAAUGUUGCGACGUAAUCAAUGAUGAAGAUGGUAUUAGGAGCAACUUACAUAUCAGAAUUAGGGGUUGCAAUAGGGGGGAAAUGAUAACUCCGCCCUUCUAUGACAAAUACGGAGAGUUUGCCUAUUUUCAGAGAUUUGUUCGAUGAAUGAAGGAGAAAAAUUUCAAUGGUUAUCUGGGAGAGAAAAUUGAAAAUUUUCAGUGGUUAUUUUGAAUUUUGAUAUGUUCUCUAUCUUCAUUUGUUGAUGGAUAUGUAUGACACUUCUCCAUAAUAUCAUUCUAUGGUACCGAUUGAUCUA